GUCCCGGAAGGAGCGAGCUGCGGCGCCUGAGCAAGCGAGUGAGUGAAAGCGGCGCUGCCCGCCGGCCGCAGGCGCGGCUGGUGCCGGGCGUUCCCCUGCCUUUUGGUCUUGGGUUUCCCCAAAGACGGCGGCGAGGGGCGUGUAGCCCAGCCACGUAUCCUUGCAGUCAGUUCCCCAAUAGGGCCUCCUGUCCCCUGCCGCCCGCGCCACUCGUUGGGCUGGGCGCGCCAUCCCCACACCGCAACCCGUGUAGCUUUCUCAUCUAGGUCCCUGGCCCCUGCCCUGUCGCCCCGCCGCCGGAGCGGUCACCGCCCGUUCCACCGUUCCUCCGCUGCCACCGCUGCCGGCAACCAUGGGCAGUGAGCAGAGCUCCGAGGCCGAGAGCCGACCCAACGAUCUGAACUCCUCAGUGGCCCCUUCUCCAGCUAAGCAUAGAGCCAAGAUGGAUGAUAUUGUGGUUGUAGCUCAGGGCUCCCAGGCCUCACGGAAUGUCAGCAAUGAUCCUGAUGUCAUCAAGUUGCAAGAGAUUCCAACCUUCCAGCCACUUUUGAAAGGGCUACUGAGUGGCCAGACAUCCCCAACAAACACCAAAUUGGAGAAAUUGGAUUCUCAGCAGGUGCUGCAGCUCUGCCUCCGCUACCAGGAUCACCUCCAUCAGUGUGCAGAGGCCGUGGCCUUUGACCAGAACGCUUUGGUUAAGCGAAUCAAAGAGAUGGAUCUGUCUGUAGAAACCCUCUUCAGCUUCAUGCAAGAGCGCCAGAAAAGAUACGCCAAAUACGCAGAGCAGAUCCAGAAGGUCAACGAAAUGUCGGCUAUCCUACGCCGCAUCCAGAUGGGUAUCGACCAGACGGUGCCGCUGCUGGAGCGGCUCAACAGCCUGCUGCCCGAGGCCGAGCGCCUGGAGCCCUUCAGCAUGAAGCCUGAGCGGGAACUCAGGCUCUAGCCACUUCACCCUGCCAGCUGUGGGCGUAGAUCAGCAUCGCCAGGGCCCUGGGACGAUUGGAACCACAGUCAUGGGAGGUGACUGAAGGCCACUGGAGGCGUUGACGCUCCUGAGGGCAGGGGAAGCGGUCCAGCCCCAUUGGAGACCCGUGAGGCCCAGCCCUUCCCUCCUGCACUUUCCCCGCAAAGCCAACAAACCAACUCUCAGUGGUCACCGAAGGUGGAACGUCUGAACUGUUAGGAAUUCUUUACAGAACUGUGCCUCGGGAAUUAUUUUUAUUUUGUUUAGUUCCAUUUUUUUUUUUUUUAAUUGGCAGUGUCUAUUACCUAGUCUUAGCUUGCAGAGUAAAAAUGUCAAGGGUAAAAAUAUUUUAAGAAGCUCUGUGUUUUUGACGCCUUGGUACCAUUUCUCUCAGUAGGCUGUCUGGGUUGUAAACAUAAAGAAUGAAUUUAA